AUGGACCCAAACUACAGAAGGGCCGAAACAAGAACACUUCAACUACCAGAUAGCCGCACCCUAAGCUUCGCAGUCUUCGGCGCCGGCGCAGAAACAUUCACCACCACCAACCCGUCCCCCACGCACCAAACCCAACGACCCCCGCGUCCGGCGGCGGUGCUAUUCUACUUCCACGGUUUCCCCAGCAGCCACGAAGAAGCCUCAAUCUUCCACCAAGCCGCCCGCCGGCACGGCGUCCAAAUCAUCGCCCUCGAUCGACCAGGCCACGCCGGCUCCAGUUUCCAGCCCAACAGGCGCAUCGUGGACUGGCCUGUCGACGUUCUCGCCUUUGCAGAUUCCUUUGCCAUCUCGAGGUUCGGGGUUUUGGGGCUAUCAGGGGGAGCACCGUACGUCUUUGCCUGCUGGAAAGCCAUCCCGCGCGAGAGGCUUGUGGCGGCGGGGGUUUGUUCGGGGUUGUUUCCGCCUGAGUUUGGGUACGCGGGUAUGUUGCUUCAAGGGCGGGUGAUGUUGACUGUAGCGCCGUGGCUAACGCCGCUCGUGGCGUGGGGUAUGGAGAUGUCGUUGGGCAGGGUGGCACGAGACGAGGCGCGGCCGGAGAGGUUUGAGGGGAUCGUGCUGGAGGACUUGAAGUCGAGGCCAGAGGUCGAUCGGGAUGUGUUUGACAGGGAUCUUGGCGGGGUUCGGUCUGCUAUGCUUGCUAGUGUACGGGAUGCUGUGGUGCCUGGAGGCUGGGGGCCGGCUUGGGAUGUCAAGCUAGCGGGGAGUCAUUGGGGGUUUGAGAUUGGGGAGCCUGAGGUCGGGCCUGGGGAGAUGGUUUGGUGGCAUGGGAGGGAGGAUGUCAACGUGCCGGUUGGUCUUGCGGAACGGGCGGCUGAGUGUGUGACGGGGGCGGAGGUGCGGUUUAUGGAGGGGGAGGGGCAUGUUAGUCUUGUGGUAAGCAAGGCGGAGGAGGUUAUAUCUACUCUUGGGGGCAUGCUGAGGAAGACAAGGUGA